AUGAAUUGCUAAGAAAGUUAUACUGAAAUUAUCAAUCAAACUAUUUAAACCAGUUAAAAAAUUAUUGGUGAUAAAAAUGAUUGGGAUUUACUUAAAAAAGGAGCAUUUUUAAGUAUUUUUGCUAAAAAGUAUGAUGACACUUAAGCCUACAUUUUCAAAAUACAGGGAGAAAUUCCUUCUAAUAUAGAUUAAAUUACUAAAUUCUAUUUUGAAAAUAAUCAGGAUAUGGCUAAAAAUCGUUAGUCAUGCAUAGGUGUAGAAGUUUUAGAGAAUUUAGACUAAAAUACUCAGAUCUCUGUGAUAAAGGCUAUAUCAGUGAGUACUAAUAAACCUGUAGAAUUUUUAACUAUUAGAAAUAGAGUGUUUAAUUCAAACUAAAUUUUGAUAGUGAAUAGUAAAUUAGAUAAUCAUCCCAAGCUUUAAAAAAAUGAUCAAGUUUUGAGAAGCGAAAUGGCUGUUAAUUUUUAACUGCUUAAAUAAAAAAAUUAAGAUAACACUUAUUUAGAAAUGUAUUGCCUUCGUGAUCCAAAAGUUAAAGUUGAAGAAGAGCAUUUACCCAAAAUAGCGGAAAUAUUACUUAAAAUAUAUGAAAAGGAUGUUUAGGUUAUUUUAUAAAAUAAAUGA